AUGGAGAUAUGCCCGGUCUCGGAGCAGGAGAUCCUAGUGUCAGCGAGGACGCUCAAAAACAAGAAGGCGCCUGGCCCUGAUUCAAUCCCUAACAGGGCGACCAAACUGCUGCUCACACUGCACGCCAAAGCGAUCGCCGAUUUGUUCAACAAGUGCCUGGCGGAAGGCUCGUUCCCAGUGAGAUGGAAGCGCCAGAAGCUUCUUCUCCCCGAAACCGGGAAGCCAGCGGGCGAGGCAUCUUCGUACAGACCCAUCUGUCUGCUGGAUACGAUUGGGAAGGUAUUUGAGAAGAUGAUCGUUUUAAGGCUGGAGGCAGCGAUAGAGCGCGCUGGCGCCAAGGAAUACUGCCUGGUUGUUACUCUUGACAUCCGGAACGCAUUCAACUCUGCGGACUGGAGGCGGACACUGGAGGCUCUGGAAGCCUUCAGCAUCCCGGGCUACCUGCUGAGGAUAGUCCGCAGCUACCUCAGCGAGAGGAGUCUCAUCGUGGACACGUCCCAGGGUACCAGAACGCACGAGGUCUCAGCCGGAGUCCCGCAGGGCUCCGUUCUGGGACCGCUGCUCUGGAACACGAUGUAUAACGGGGUGCUAAACCUCCCGCUAUCCUCGAACACCACUAUCGUUGGCUUUGCCGACGACGUGGCGCUGGUGGUAGUGGCGAAGGAGCUGGCAGAUGCGGAGAUGGCGGCAAAUAGCGCAAUCCGUGCGGUCGAGUCCUGGCUUGCAGUCGCCGGCCUCGAACUGGCCUCGCACAAGACCGAGGCAGUCCUGAUCUCCAGCAGGGAAGCGAGUGGAAACGGCGGAGAUCCGGCCCCAGCCUGGGCGGAGGCUGUGAAAGUCAGGAGCUAUGUGAGGGGUGUAGAAGGGGUGUACCGCCUAUGCGCUCUAAGAGUAGCGUGCGCCUUCCGGACUGUCUCCGACGACGCGGCCCUAGUCAUAGCGGGGCAGGUGCCGAUAUGUGAGCUGGUUCGAGAAGCCCAGGAAGCCCGCCUCUCACGCGAGCCGGGAAACUCUUCGGCGAGGCGCGAGGCCAGGAGCAGCGCCAGAAGCAGUAGUAUCGCCCGGUGGCAGUCCCGGUGGGACAGUUCCACAAAGGGCCGUUGGACUCACCGCUUGAUCCCUGAUAUCCAAAGCUGGAUCACCCGAAAGCACGGCGAGGUAGACUUCUACCUGACACAGGCGCUCAGACCACUGCCCGGAAUGCGGGACCGGUGUCGAAGAGAACGCGCAAUCCACGUUCUUUUCGAAUGCCAUCGUUUUCACCACGAGCGGCUGGCACUGGAGGAAGUUGUGGGCGCUGCCAUCGGAGCUGACAAUCUGGUCCCCACUAUGCUUGGCAGCCAGAAGGCCUGGGACGCGACUGCCACUUUUGUGGCAAGCGUCAUGAAAACGCUGAGAACUCUGGAGACGGAGAGAAGGAUGCGUGCAGAAAGCGGCUGCAGCAAGUGGCAAGAGCUAAGGAACGCGUUCCAGGAGACUGAUGCCGUGAUCGUGAAUCAAGAAGGGUUUGCGGAAUCGAGCUAUGCCGUGAAAAAUUUCCAAUCGGAGUUCGAGGAGCGGUAUAUGGACGCCUAUUGCGCCAUCGCAGAGGAUUUGGAUAAACUGGGAUCCGAGACUCCUAAGCUGCAGCCACUGCCAAAUGGAGCAGCUGAUCCGAAGGUGCGACUGAACAUGCCACAGAUGUCAGUUCCCAAGUUUUCCGGCUGCAAAAAAGAUGAUACGGAUUCAAUACGGUCGAUGCUGAGCACGGUCAAUGUCUGCCUGGCUGCGUUCCGCCCCGUCCAAGCCUUGGGCGGGGAACGGCAGCACUGGUUGGCGCAUUACAUAGCAUCGAAGUUGCCCUAG